AUGUUUUCUAUCCUAACAUAUUGCUACCUCAAAACUCUCGCCAUCCUACUACGGUCCAUCACAGCACUGGGCAGCCGCAUCGCAGGCCGUCCUGUACCCCGACCAGAUGAAGUUCGGCGCAUUGGAUCGCGCGACCCAUGGAGGACGAUCACGAUCCAUGUGUAUCGCGCGGCCAAACCCACCAAAGGGCCAAAGCCGCGGGUUCCUACUCCUUUGCACGGUAGCGAUGUGGAAUUCUGUCAAACGAUCAGCCAAAACACCGAAUACACUGUCUUGGAUGUGCCGUAUCGGCUGGCACCAGAGAACCCGUUCCCAGCAGCGCUAAAUGAUGUCGAAGAUGCCAUCAAAUACGCCAUGAGUCGGACUGAAGAGUUCGACUUGUCGCGAAUCUCUCUCUCCGGAUUCAGCGCCGGGGCAAACCUCGUGCUGGCAGCGUCAGCCACGCUCUUCCCUCCCAACACCUUCCGCUCGCUGAUCGCGUUCUAUCCUCCGGUAGAUCUGGCCCCUGACGCGGCGACCAAGGUCGCUCCAGACCCUAGUGGACGCGUGAUUCCCAUCCCUGUCGCGCGUCUGUUCACACGCUGUUACGUACCUCCCGGCAUGGACAAGCGGGACCCCCGGAUCUCGCCCAAGUACGCUGAUCUGCAUCGAUUCCCGCACCGAUUGCUGGUGAUUACCUGCGACGGUGACUCGCUGGCCCUUGAGGGAGAAGAGCUGGCGCAGAAACUCGAGAAACUGCCAGGGCGACAUGUGGUCAGCGAGCGCAUGGCUGGGUGCAACCACGCGUGGGACAAGCGCACGCGGGCGGGAACCCCGCAGCGAGAGGCUCGGGAUCGGGCAUAUGCUCUGGCAGUGGACAUGUUGAACGAGGCUUAA